AUGACGACCCCAAAUCCCGAUGAACUCUCGAUGGGAACCACAGGCGAGCCCACCAGCAACUGGGCCACUGACAAAGACAACCCGCAUAAUUGGCCACGACAUCGCAAAAUAACCACCGCGAUAAUAGUUUGCGGAAUUGGUUUCACAACAACUCUAGGUGCCUCAAUCUACUCCCCAGGACACACAAAGGUCCAACAAGAGUUUCAAGUCUCGGCGACCGUCGCUCUACUCCCAUUAUCAGCAUACUCUCUUGGUCUGGCCUUCGGGCCUAUGAUAUCGUCUCCAUUGUCCGAGACAUUUGGUCGUAAAGUUGUUUACCUUAUUACAUUACCGCCGUGUGACCUUUUCCUUCUUGCAGCUGGAUUCUCGAAGAAUAUUGCUGCAUUGAUUAUCUGCCGCUUCUUCGCAGGCCUCUUUGCCGCACCAGGUGUUUCGGUUGCUGCUGCCGUGAUCUCGGAUUUCACGAGUCCUGAUCAACGCGUUAUUCCGUUGGCUGGUUAUUAUGCCAUGCCCUGGCUUGGGAGUGCGAUUGGGCCUCUGGUUGGUGGGUUCGCUGUUGAGCGAAAAGGAUGGCGCUGGACCUCGUGGGUGGUUCUCAUGAUCGCAGCUGUUUUCCAUCCUCUUGUUCUUUUUCUACGGGAAUCAUAUAAACCCAAGAUCCUACAGCGAAAGGCUCCGAAGGGAGGAUAUGUCGAUCAGUUAGGUGGAGUGCAGACCAAGAGUGUGUUGCAAACUUUGCAGAUCUUUAUCACGUCGACUAUUAUCCGGCCAUUUCAUAUGCUUAUAACGGAGCCAUUGGUGGGCUUUAUAUGUCUGUAUACGGGAUUCCAGUUUGCCCUGCUAUACACAUUUAUUGUCGCUAGUCCGUGGGUCCUCAAGACUGUGUAUGGAUUCUCAUUGAGUGGACAAAGUUUAUCAUUCCUCGGGAUGGUGGGUGGGUGUAUAUUCGCACCAUUUAUUCUGGUCAUAUUGGACUAUGUUGUUCGAACAAGAAAACAGACUCGAAUUCCACUGCUUUCGUCUGAGUCCACGAGCCAAUCGUCUUUUCCACCGGAAAACAAACUUCUUGCCGCUUUGUAUGGGAGUCUCGUACUUCCGGUAGCCCUGUUCUGGUUUGGAUGGAGUGCGAAAUCAUCCGUUCAUUGGAUAUGUCCUAUUCUCGCACAGACCGUCGCGUUUAUAGGCAGUUUCUUAAUCUAUGUCCCAUGCAGCUUUUAUAUGGUCGAUGUGUAUGGUGCACAAUAUAGCGCAUCGGCGAACGGCGCAUCGUCUUUCUCACGAUACAUGCUUUCGGCUGCCUUCCCGCUAUUCGUGACGCAAAUGUAUGAGACUCUGGGUGUGGGCUGGGCUUCAAGUCUCCUGGGCUUUGUGGCGCUGGUGAUGGCGCCUAUCCCUUGGGUAUUUUAUCGUUUCGGGCCAGUGUUUCGAGCCAGGAGUUCGUAUGAGCAUGGUAGCUAA